AUGACGUCUUCACAGCAACUCAGAUCUCUGACCAUUGACAACAUAAACCCACACAUCUGCAAUGCUCAGUAUGCAGUGAGAGGCGAACUCGCCAUCAAGUCAGAAGAAUAUCGAGCUCAGCUGAGGAAGUCGCACAAAUCCGGGCCUCCUACACCACCAGAGAGUCCUGACUCGUCGCCGUUACCAUUUGAUAAGGUCAUCUCUGCCAACAUUGGCAAUCCUCAACAACUCGACCAGAAGCCCAUCACAUUCUUCCGCCAGGUGCUCGCAUGUCUAGAAAAUCCCAAGCUACUCGACCAUGCCGAUGUCCUUGAGUCAACCUUCGGCUAUCCCAAAGAUGUCAUUGAACGUGCUCGGUGGCUGCUUUCAGAGAUUGGCUCAGUCGGUGCUUACUCUCAGUCCGCUGGUGCUCCCGCCAUUCGGGAAUCAGUGGCCAAGUACAUCGAAGAACGGGACGGCUUCCCGGCUGACUCAGCCAACAUCUAUCUCUCCGCCGGCGCCAGCUCAGGAGUCAAUACUCUGAUGCACAUCAUCUGUGGCUCACCCAAGACCGGUGUCCUCGUCCCAAUCCCUCAGUACCCACUCUACACCGCCACACUAUCAGUCCUCAACGCCAGAUGCGUACCUUACUACCUCGACGAGUCCAAGGCAUGGGGAACAUCGAUGGAAGUCAUCAAGGAGUCCUACGAGAAAGCCAUCGCCGAAGGCACCGACGUCCGCGCUAUAGUCGUCAUCAAUCCUGGCAACCCGACUGGUGCUUCCCUCUCGGAAUCAGACAUUGAAUCGGUGAUCAAGUUCGCCGCCGAAAAGAAGCUAGUAGUCAUGGCCGACGAAGUCUACCAGACCAACGUCUUCGUCGGACAGUUCCACAGCUUCAAGCGCGUCCUGCGACAGCUCCAACAACAAGACAAAGAGGGUACCUUUGAACACGUCGAGCUUGCCUCUCUACAUUCCAUUUCCAAGGGCAUGGUCGGCGAAUGCGGUCACCGCGGAGGGUACUUCGAACUCGUUGGCUUCGACAAAGAGGUGCAGGCCCAGAUUUUCAAGUUCAUUUCAAUCGUGCUUUGCCCGCCCGUCAUUGGCCAAUGUCUGGUUGAGAUGAUGGUCAAUCCUCCCAAGAAGGGCGACCCAAGCUAUGAGCUCUAUAAUUCUGAGGUCUCUCACGUCAAGGAUGGCCUGUACAAGCGCGCCACUGCUCUGUACGAGGCGUUCCAGAAGAUGGAGGGCGUUGAAUGUGGUGAACCACAGGGCUCCAUGUACCUCUUCCCAACAAUCAAUCUCCCCCAAAAAGCCUAUGCCGCCGCCGAAGAAGCCGGCAAAGCCCCUGACGACUUCUACUGCCUACGCCUUCUCGACGCCACUGGCAUUUGCGUCGUCCCGGGCUCUGGCUUUGGUCAGAAGGAGGGUACCUUGCAUCUGAGGACCACAUUUUUGGCUCCAGGUACCGAGUGGGUUGGAAGAUGGAACAAGUUUCAUGAGGAGUUCAUGGAUAAGUAUCGGGACUAA